AUGACCAAGGUCGAAAAAGAGGAGCGCAAGAGAAAGGGUCAUGAGGUACCCUAUCGAAAAGACGGAUUCAUAUGCAAGCACAGAAUACGACCUUACACUCGACGCCGGGACUUUGUCGGAAUGCACGCCUGCUGGCAUUGCAGUCUUUCCAGUCUAAAGACACAAGCCCAGGAAGACCUGAAAAGACUUCUUGCGGAUGAAAACCGAACGGAAAUUGAGGUGGAGCCUCUCGAGUGGUUGGGCAAACGACAUUCUCAAGUCGAUGAACAGCCAAAGGACCCAUCCGCCUCGCCCUCGAUCGAUUCGCCCACUACGAGUGACCGAGAGCCUUCUCUCUCUGCAGCGACAAACAAGGGGAAGGGCAAAGCGGUUGCGAAAACAGGCGUGGUGGAUGUACCAUCCGAGGCUUCUAGGUCUUCUUCGUUCCCUGGAGCGGACCGUACCUCUGAUGCUGAGAUGGAGGAUGCUAAAAGCAAUGAGGUGGCGGCUACGGAACCAGCCGACGAGACGGCUCUUGCAAUAGCCGCAGUCACUUCGGUCGAGGCGUCUCGUGAAAGAGCCGAAGUCAUGUCGGCUUUGCGUCGAUUCUUGACCUGGAGUGAUCGAUUCUAA